CGCGCUGGUAGUUCAUUCGCUCUYAASCCGAGGGCGACGGUAGUUCUCACGGCCGCUCUGUGACUCUCUCUCUCUCUCUCUCUCUCUCUCUCUCUCUCUCUCUCUCUCUCUCUCUCUCUCCGUGGGRGUGGAAGACGAGCAUCAUGGCUCGCCUGCGYGUUUCCAUGCUGCUGGCCUUGGGCGUCGUCGCCCUCGUUCUCUCUGCUGCUCUGCCCUCCGAGUGCGCGCACCGACGGAUGAAGGGCGCUCCUAAGUGCGAUGACGAUGUCGACAACUGCCCAAAUCGUUGCCCCGGAGGACCCAACUGUCCCAAGCCACCGCCGCCCACAAGUGGCAGUUGCGACAAGCCGCUGGGAGAAUGUGACUUCUUCUUCCACGAACACAAGAACGAAGUGCCGACCAUCACUCUCGUCCGAAAGGGGGACAACCAUAUCUACGUCGACUGCGGUCAUAUCGUGCAUCAGGAUGGGCCCGACACGAGGCCGGUCCAGACGGUGAACUCCGCACACUGCUCGCUGCUGUCAGGCGGAUACUGGGACCAGAACAAAUGCGGUCACCACAUUUACGGCAACGGAAGGCACAUCGCGUCUCGGCAUUUCCCCAGCAUUCAGAACCCAUCCCACUUCCUCAACACCUGCAUCAAGGUGCAGAUCAGCGCAGCCCAGUACAAGGACGGAGGCAACUUCAACAACGGUCACAGCAACCCCAGGGCCUGCAUCGUCGUCAAGACGGCAGGGAGCUUCGCCUAAAACGUAGCUACAUGCAGAAGGAAGAGAGAGAGAGAGAGAGAGAGAGAGAGAGAGAGAGAGAGAGAGAGAGAGGGAGAGAGAGAGAGAGAGAAGGGGGUAGAGAGAGAGGUAGAAGAGAGGGAUAGAGAUGGGAAGGCGAUCUUGAGAUAUGACGAAAGGUGGUCGCCUGCACGAGUUUUGUGUUUAAAUUCGUCAUUGUACAGCGAUGCAAAAAUUCAGCAUCUGCAAAGAAUUGCCCAACGUUUUUCUGUCUUGGGUGUGGUCAGGCAUAUGAUUUCUCUUUCUCUCUCUCUCUCUCUCUCUCUCUCUCUCUCUCUCUCUCUCUCUCUCUCUCUCUCUCUCUCUCUCUCUCUCUCUCACAGUGGGUUUACGGGGUUCGGGAUGCGUGUGCGGUUGUGUGGAUGUGGAUGUGUGCUUUGGUGUUUCAAGAUGAUGACAGACAUUCAUCACAGCGACUCCCUAUUAGUACACGUUUUUUUUUUUUUUUUGACUCUUUCCCGCAAGUUGCAGCAUUGUUUUCGCACUGUGGUGCAUUUUUUCCCUUGUGUCCAUAAUCUGUGUGUGGGCAAUAUAGUGCCACGUGUCAAUGGCCUGUCAGCAGGAAUAGUCCUUGUCUUAGUGAGCGCUUGACACCCGG